AUGGCGGUCUCUCACAAUGGCAGCAGUAAUACCGCUCACGUCAACAUGAUGACGGAUAGCGUUAUUGCGAACCUACCAGAUGAUGGUCUGAGGGUUAUAAUCCGCUCACUAUUGGCAUCUCACCCUAAUAUCACCACGAGCUUUGAAGAUGCAACGCGACAAUACCUUGCUCAGACCCAAACAAGGUCUUCCAAGUCCCAGUUCGCCACUCUUGAUAUUGCUGGACUGCAGAGGACCCAGAGGAUAGCGCGCUGUAUGCUUGGGUCCGGGCAAGCUUUCGAUGGCGUCUCUAUUCUCGACAACUUAGUUGUUCGCGGUAUCCAGAUCGGUCUCGAGUCACCAGAAACAGAGCAGCACACAGUUGCUUCAUUCCUAGCUUCUUUGGAUGGCGAUUUGGUCCAAGCAAUGACGGCCGUGACGAAGAAGCUGGCUGUGAGCUCGGGCGCACGAGUACUUUCUCCGACAGAACAUAACGUUAUCCAGAGACUUUUUGAGUCCCUCGCGCAGUGUCAAGAGAUGCUGAAGGGCACAAGCAUAGAUUUUCCAUACGAUAGGGGGAUGCUGACGACGGCAAAGAUCUUGGGUGUUGUUUUGCCGGACUCGUCAGAAACGAAACUGAGCAAGAUACCUUCGGACAUUGCACGGCCUCCACUGGCUAAGGAAACCUUCCAACUCGGUGAUAGAACACUACCUCGCAUUUUCUCAGGCUUAUGGCAGAUGUCAAGUCCAGCUUGGGGAUCUGCACAGAUGUCAAAGAUCAUCGAAGGAUUCUCGACGCAUGUUCAAAAUGGAUUCACUGCGUUCGACAUGGCAGACCACUAUGGUGAUGCUGAAGUUCUCUAUGGCCGCUUUCGCUCGAUGUAUCCCCAUAAGGAUGACAUGUUUACUGCAACGAAGUACUGCGUGUUUCAUCCCAUGACUGUUUCCCGAGAAGCGGUGCAAGCCAAUGUGAGCGAGAGAUGUAGCAGACUACAGCAAGAGGUGAUCGAUCUGCUUCAGUUCCAUUGGCAACUUUGGGAUAAUCCCCAGUAUAUUGACGCGCUGCAAUAUUUGGCAGAAGACAAACGAGUAGCCCGGAUUGGUCUGUGUAAUUUUGAUACAGAACAUCUUGAACGAGUCGUUGAAAACAGUGUCAAGAUAUAUACGAACCAAGUCCAGUUCUCACUAAUUGACUCGAGGCCAACGUUCAAGAUGGCAGAUGCAUGCUUGAAACAUAACAUCAAGCUGUUGACAUAUGGAACUUUGUGCGGUGGAUUCAUCGCAGACAAGUGGCUCAAUCAACCAGAGCCAGAUGUCUACGACACCAACAUCACUCCCAGCCAGAGAAAGUAUUACGGAAUGAUAUGCAGCUGGGGUGGCUGGAGCCUGUUCCAAGAACUGCUCAACGUCCUACGCACCAUCGCGGCAAAGCACAAAGUCAACAUUUCCAACAUAGCUACGCGCUGGGUCCUGGACUUUCCGUACGUCGGAGCAGUCAUAAUCGGAGCGCGGAUUGGCAUGAGUGAGCAUACGAGCGAUAAUGCUACUACUCUCGGCUGGAGGCUGGAUGAUGAUGACGGUAGGCUGAUUGAAGAGGUCCUGGAGCGGAGCAAUAGAACCGAGAUGUUUGAGACAAUGGGCGAUUGCGGUAAUGAGUACCGAUGA